CUUCUCUUAACACCAAACCACGGCCUGCUUCGCAAGUGUUUCCCGGAAGUCUUGCGAUGUUGCGCCUCUGGGUUUAAAAACUCUGUGGCGAGAUCUCGCCUCCAUUUUGUGAAGCCACUCAAGCCUGCGAGAGUUGUGGUGGGAAUAUUUGUAUUUUUUGUUGCUAGCUAGUCAACGUUAGUGAGCUUGAUGUGAACCUGUUAACGACUGACCAAACAUAGCUUGCUAUUUUGUUUUUUUUACAAAAGCAAUUUGCUAAAUAACGUUAAAGUGGUUUCCUAGCUUUUAAACCACGAAAGUUAGCUAGCAGUCUACGGAUGUCUGGAGAUAAUAUGUCGGGCGGCGGGAGCGUGGUUCGUGGCCCAGCGGGAAACAACGACUGUCGGAUCUAUGUCGGUAACCUGCCGCCUGAUAUUCGCACUAAAGACGUGGAGGAUGUGUUUUAUAAAUACGGGGCGAUCCGAGAUAUAGAUCUGAAGAACCGGAGGGGUGGACCGCCGUUUGCUUUUGUUGAAUUCGAGGAUCCCAGGGAUGCUGAUGAUGCGGUGCACGGUCGUGAUGGUUACGACUACGACGGUUACCGUCUCCGAGUGGAGUUCCCCCGUAGUGGGCGUGGGGGAGGGAGAGGGGGUGGUGGCGGUGGCAGGGGUGGCGGCGGCGGCGGCGAUGGAGGAGGAGCCCCAAGAGGACGAUACGGACCUCCCUCACGGCGCUCAGAGUACAGAGUCAUAGUCUCAGGUCUCCCCUCUAGCGGUAGCUGGCAGGACCUAAAGGACCACAUGCGUGAGGCAGGUGAUGUAUGUUACGCUGACGUAUUCCGGGACGGUACCGGCGUGGUGGAGUUCGUACGCAAGGAGGACAUGACCUACGCUGUCCGCAAACUGGACAACACCAAGUUCCGCUCCCACGAGGGAGAGACUGCGUACGUGCGUGUGAAGGUGGACGGACCUCGCAGCCCCAGUUACGGACGCUCCCGCUCUCGGAGCCGUAGCAACGGGCGUAGCAACGGGCGUAGCAACAGCCGCUCGCGCAGCUUCUCGCCGCCGCGACGCAGCCGACCCUCGCCACGCUACUCGCCACGACACUCCCGAUCACGCUCCCGCACCUAGACACAAUGCACAACGCCUACAGCCCAGCGGUCCCCCCGUGGAGACGGUACAUCGGACCAGGAGACGGACAGGCGCCGCCCGGUGGACAUUCAAAUGCGUUACACCUAAUGUUCUCUUGCCUUUCGGCUACCUCUUGUUCUUUCGUCCCCCGUUUCCUGGUCUAGUUUGCCUCAGCUGUGGUUUUGGCUUAUGACCUCUGUUCUCUUUGUAUCUGCUGGCCCUUCAUCUCCCCCCCGCUUUCUCUCUCUCUCUCUCUCUCUCCUCUCUCUCUCUCUCUCCUCUCUCUCUCUCUCUCCUCUCUCUUCUCUCUCCUCUCUCUCUCUCUCU